ACUUUUUAGGCAGUACAGUUUUGUAGCGAGUCUACUUCUAGCAACACUUUCCACUGUUUCAGCACAGGUUUUCAGAUUAAGUUUUCCCUUUAUGGCGUCAUAGCCGUAAUAACCAGACUGAUUGUGAAUCUGUGAUUUGUAAUUUUAUCCGCAGAUCCGUGUUCUAAGCAGUGAGCUACAUUAGCUGCUAGCAGUCUGCGCUGUAAUGCGGAACACUGCAGUUACUGCGCGCGGUUGCGCCCGCGUCUUACUACAUCUGAAUUCUUCGUCUUCUUCCACGUUAUCUGGUCGUCCUGCCACCGGGAUCUUCAAAUACUUUUCAUCAGCAUUCUCCCCCUCAUACGCUGCACCAUGCAUAACCCACAGUGCACGCUGCAUCCACACUACAAGUCCGUGGAGACGAUCCGCGGACUCCGCACUAACGACGCCAAAAUCCGCAGUAUCCCCGUCUCGAUCUGCGCCUGGACAGGAUGAUUUCCCAUAUCCCGUGCAGCGGCUCCAGCUCGUCGCGCUGCGUCAGCUGUACAUGCAUUUUGUUCAUCACUACCAGCUGAAGGUGCCUCCGCAAGGCAUCCUCCUGGAUGUGGGAUACAUUGAUACGGGCGAUCCGCGGCGCAACGAUGCAGGUGGUGGAGCCCAAGCCAGCGCCGCUUCCGGCGAUUGUCCCACCGUCUUGGUCCUGCAUGGCGCCGGCGGAACGCACCGGGAGAUGGGCGGGAUUAUUCAGGCGCUGGCAUGCGACGGAGCCCGGGUUCUCUGUCCGAAUUUUCCCGGUUACGGCCCGACGCCGAUGGAUGAGGAUAUGGCCUACUCCCAUUCUCUCAUUGAAAACUGUAAUUUUCUCCUGGAUUUCCUGGUGAAAUUGGGGGUGAUGAAAGUGGAUUUAAUCGUGGCGUUCAGUGCUGGCGGAUAUCCCGCGGUCCCGCUGGCCAUCAAAUCCGAGUAUCCGGUCGGCGGACUGGCGCUAAUCCAACUGCCGGGUCAUCGUGUUGGCAGAGUGAUGCGACCAUUCUGGUUGAAGAAGGCGCUGAUCAGAGCCAUGACGCGCAAAUGGGUGCGCCGUCUUUUAACGCCGAUCAAUCAGCUGGUGAUGCGGAAUGACGGAUGGAAAGCCAUACAAUCCAUUGAGCACACCUAUAUCAUGGGUUUGACCGGGAUUGGUGUUCCUUUUGAUAACUACGAGAAAGUCUCUGCUGAACUGCCGUUCAGCCAGCUUCCUCUGCUCCUAACCUUCAGCGAAGACGACAAAUUCAUCGACGCCUCCAUCGCCUACGACUACGCCGAGGUGGUGGGAGUGCCGCGCGACCACCUGACCGUGUACAACCGCGAGGGACAGAUCGUCCACCGCGGCCGCCCGGUGGUGAACGACACCCAGUAUGUGCGCGGGAUGGUCUUCCAGAAGGGCGGACACUUUGCACAGACCCGCCAGCCCUUCGCGGCCGUCAUCGAGGACGCCGUGGUGGACAUCUAUCGGCAUAUUCAGAGGCGGAAGGAGCGCGAGGGGAUUAUGACGGUCAGGGCUGAGCGAGAAGCGUGACAGUCGGUCGUGUGGUGAUUUUAAUGUCGAGUUUUAAGGUUUUAUUUAUUGGAAGUUGUUGGCAUAUGGGUGCUUCAGUGUUUGUUUCCGGUUGUUUGUUAAAGAUUUAGUUUGUUUUAGUUGUCGCACACGUUAUUCUGCAUGUGUGGAUUUUAAAGAUCACUGUGUUGUAAUCAGUCUUUCUUCAGUUUGAAUCCUUUCAUUUCGUGCAAAUCGGAAAUCGAUUCAUUUGUAGUAAAAUGUGAAACCGGAGAA